AUGUCGAUGACAGCCAAGCCCUCAUACGACGUGGUCGUAGUUGGUGCCGGCCUGAGUGGUCUUCAAGCUGCUCUUACAGUCCGUGCUGCAGGAUUCACUGUUUGCGUCUUGGAGGCGAACAACCGAGUCGGGGGCAAGACCCUCACCCUCCAAUCCUGCGAGAAGGGAUUCAAUGAUAUGGGUGCGGCCUGGAUAAACGACACCAAUCAAAGCGAAAUGUUCAAACUCUUUCAGAAAUAUGGCAUUGACGCUGAAAUGCAACUGGAUCAUGGAGACAGCGUCCUUGAGCCCGCGGUGGGGUCUAUCGUGAAAGUGCCGUACGGCCAACUUCCCGGUGAUCCAACCGUGUUCACGAACCUCAUGGAGGUUCUUCGAGCAGAGUCUGCCAUCGUGGACUUGAACAACCCUUCCAACUCUCCAGGUGCUAAGGAGAUUGACCAAACAACUUUCGAGGAUUUUUGCAUCAGCAGAACCAAGUCUGACGAAGCGGCUGAUAUUGCCGAUCUGAUAUGCAGUGCACUUUUGGGGGUGGAAAGUGACGAAGUCAGCGCCUUGUUCAUGUUGCACUAUAUUAAAUGCGGAGCGCGUCUGCUGUUGAUUUUGGGCGCUAACGGUCUAGGCAAUCAAACCAUCUCCCGGAAAAUGGCCAAAGAACUGGGUCCACGCUCAGUCCUCCUACGUAAUCCUGUUACUUCAAUUGAACAGUCGCAAGGCACUAAAUGUGUGAUUACAACAGAGAGUGGUCUGGUGGUUCAUUCUCGGAAAGUCAUCGUCUCGGUUCCUACAACUCUCUACCCAUCAAUUAAAUUUAACCCUCCUUUGCCCGAGAAAAAAGCAGCUCUCGGCGAAAACACAGCAAUGGGAUAUUACAGCAAGAUGAUAUUCGUUUUUCACAAACCUUGGUGGCGCAAUGCUGGUUUCUCUGGCUGUUUGGACGCCGAGAUCGGUCCCAUCAGCUUUUCUCGCGAUACCAGCAUUCCUGCUGACAGCCAGUGGUCAAUCACUUGCUUUAUCGUCGGAGAGAGAGGAAGGCAAUGGUCUAAACUAUCCAAGGCGGCUCGUUAUCGUCAAGUAUGGGAGCAAUUCUCCAGGGGAUUCGGAAAAUUUGUCGAGAAUGUACCCGAGCCAGCAAACACCCUGGAGGUUGAGUGGCUCAAGCAAGCCUUUUUUCUUGGGGCUCCAUGCCCAGUCAUGGCUCCCGGAGUGAUGACUACUGUGGGCACUGAGCUGACAACAUCUUUUGAAAACAUACACUUUGUAGGUACCGAGACUGCAUCUGUUUGGCGUGGAUACAUGGAGGGUGCCGUGCGCUCUGGGCAGCGAGGAGGUGCCGAAGCUAUUCAGGCAUUAUCUAAAGAACUCAAUGGCCGAGGUUAG